UUUGCUAUCAGAAAUGACCGCCAAAAUCGAAUGAUUAUCAAAAAUUUAUCGGUAAGUUGUCCCUCAAUUUUCUGUCCGACAUGUGACGCGAAUUCGAAUCGCUCGAAUACGAUUGCGUGUUGGAUUUACUCACACCCGCUACUACAUACCUAUAUAUAUAUAUAUACAUAUAUAUAUACUGGGAUAGUAUUCUCGUCCCGAUCUAUACCGACACUGCAACCCAACCUCAAGUGAAGCGAUCGUGUGACGAAUUUUCAUGUUGUGUCAUUAGUCUUCAACUUCUCCACGAAUUCACCCAUCGCAAUAAAUACCUUCUGCAUUGAUAAUUGGAUAAACUGAUAAAGCAAUUAGAAUGACCUUGUGACCUUGACAAGGAGCCCUGGUCCCUGAGUAAUCGACAUGCUGAGACAUCCUGAGGAAAUCGGAUGACAAUCACAUGCCAAAAAGAUUGGAUUUUCAAAUUUCAUUUGAUUUAAAAUCAUGAAAACCGGAUCAGAACGAUCACGAGCUUAUCGUGAAAGGCGGAAGCUGGAGAGGCCACCGAAAGCUCCACCCAAGACUAAUAAGCAGAGGUGUAAAGAGUACAGGGAAAGGGUGAAAGCCCUGAAAGCUUUCCAGGGAGUGACAAAACGAGAAGAGAAAUUGGAAGACAGAGAAUUGGUGGUUGCAGAGGGUCUGGAGAACCAUCAGGCAGCAGUCGUGCCCCGGAUGAAUGAGGAAGGCCCUAGGAGGUCCUUGAGACAAUGGAAGGACAACAAAGAGCGGUGUCGAGAGUACAGAGCUAGACUGAAGACCCUGAGAGCUCAAAUGACUGAGACAUCCCGGAAUAGCGAAAUACAAUUGAAUGUUGGGGGAUCAUCUCCAGGGGAUCAACCAUCUACUGACGAUCUACCACUCGUGGAACAGGUACAACAGGAAUUGGAAUCGGAAAGCAAUCCUCAAGGUCAACCUUUAGAUGACACAGCUGACGAUAAUGAUGGGGAUUGUGCGGAUCUAGAUCGUGUGGAUGAGCCGUACCUGAAGGUUCGAUGGAAAGGCCUCAGAGACACCUUCAGAUGCGAGAUGAAGAAAGACAUAAUCUACAGGAGAACAAAAAAUUCGAAGAGCUGUCCAACCUGGAGGCAUUACAAGGAUCUUCUGUUCCUGAAGGAGCAGAUGCUGCCAUCGCCACCGAUUUGGGAUCCCCCUCGUCCUUCAACUAGAGAUAAAUCGUCUGAUCCUCCCACCCUGGCCUACCGUCCUUUCACUACCCUGAAGAAGAGAAUAGAGAAGAUGAAGACGAUCAGAACUGCUGUACCACCACCUGUUGAGACCCCCGAAGACAAUGUCGAGGAAGUUAAUUUCGUCAGUGUCAAGGAGGAACCUGGAUUCAUGGCUGAGGAUGUUCAGGCGAGUGACGUGGUGCAAGUGAACAUUGAAGAGAACUUCCCAGAGAACUUGACGAAUUGCGAAGAAGCUGAUGUGAUUGAAAGUCUGGGAGCAAAUCCUCAGCAAAAUGCCAGCAGUGAGAGUGCCAACAGAACAUCCUUAAUUAAUCCCCUGGAAAUGAAUGGCCAAUUAGACGAUAAUUACCACUUUCUCAUGAGUUUAUUACCUCACAUUCAGAAAUUGUGUGGAGAGCGACAGAUGCUGUUGAGGAUGCAAAUACAAGAGUUGGUUUACAAAGAAGUGUACAAGAAGUGAAAGGAAAUAGUUAACAAUUCAUUUCUGAAAAAUUAAAGAGUGAUGGUAUUAUUAUUGCUUAAUAAACAUUUCGCAAAUAUCGAUCACUCAGAGAAUAUUCAGUGCGACGUUUUGAGAAGUGAUGGCAUAACAUUAUUUUCAACUGAUGAUUGUGAUUUUUUUUUUCGAUGCGAUUUAGUGAAAAAAUUCCAGUAAAAAUCAAUGAGUCGUGACGAUAAUUCUCUUAUCACAAUUUUCCAGUGGAGUCACUCAGCCAUGUGGUACUAGAGUACGGAAAGAGUUCAAUAAAUAUUUUUUUCAUAAUCGACUUAUUACGCCCUUUCUUCGCCUCAACGGAUUACGUGGAUAUUUUUUUUGAGUUUGUUUUAUCAAUUGCCACAGAACACUUGAAUUCUGUUUAGAAUAUUAACGGUAUUAUCACUCAGCAAACGUGUCUUCGGAAAGAAUUGACUCGGAAUCCAUGAAUCAUUCUCUCAAUAGUCACCUUUUCUGGGGAUUCUCCGGAGUUCAGUAGAAGUCGUUGGAGAAUGCGUGACAGAACGAGAUAAUCGGGUCUGAACCCUUUCUCGUUCGUGGGAGAUAAUUUCAACGUAAAAUCUUAAAAAUUCAACUUUCCACGGCAAUUCUCCAUAUGGAAUGAUAAAUUACGGGAAAAAAGGGAAAUUCCGGAUUUAACAGAUAAAGAGCUGCCAAUUUACCGAGUGAAAAGCCCGAAAUACAUCUCGAUAACGAUUCGGCAGAUCUCGUGCUGUCUCGUCCUCGAUAUUCCACCUCUCUCGAUACAAUAGAUUCGAUAGUACGAAAAGGGGCGUUUGGUACCGUGUGGUACGGCUUGACACAAUCGGUUCCACUCGGCUCCACUCGUCAGGUACACCCAGUCCUGUACAGGUACGCACAGGUGUAAAAUUACUCGUUACACCUGAAAACAUUGCAUUUUUUAUUUAAAAAAAAAAA